UCUUUCUCUCUCUCCCUCCAUCCCUCCCCUUUUCUCUCUAUCCCUCUCUCCUUGAGGCACCGAGUCCCGGCCUCGUCUCCAGUCCGACAGCUGAUCACAGAGAAGCAGCAGCACCAGCAGCAGCAGCACCGCGGCAGUUUAACGAGGACCCCACGCUUUUUUUCAACGUCAUGGCGUCAGAGGAGCUCGCGCGGAAGCUGAGGCGCAGACUGGACGCCACAGAGCGGCCCGUGAGUCCGGGGCAGAGCCCGGUCAUGAGUCCCGCCAUGAGCCCCGCCGUGAGCCCCGCGAGGAGCGUCAGCGAGCCACGGAGGGACGGUGAGGGCGACGCGGACGCCGCCGCCAACGGGGACUCGGGGUGCUCGAGCGAGCUCGCGGAGAAGCUGAACCGCAGACUGGAGAUCGGAGGGGGAGAUGGAGGAGGAGGAGGUGGAGGAGGCGCGAGGCCCCGACAGGUGAUGAAGGUGUUCAACCCAUACACCGAGUUCAAGGAGUUCACGCGCAAACAGAUUAAACAGAUGGAGGAGAUGUUUAAGAGAUUUGACUCGGGGAAGGACGGAUACAUUGAUCUGAUGGAGCUGAAGAUGAUGAUGGAGAAGCUGGGAGCUCCUCAGACUCACAUCGGCUUAAAGAACAUGAUCCGCGAGGUGGAUGAAGACUAUGACGGCAAGCUCAGCUACCGAGAGUUCCUCCUGAUCUUCAGGAGAGCUGCAGCAGGGGAUCUGCAGGAGGACGACCCUCUCAUGGCACUGGCUCGUCUCUCAGAGAUCAACGUGUCCAAUGAGGGCGUGAAGGGAGCAUGUGACUUCUUUGAGGCCAAGGCUCAGGUGCUGUCAGUACGCAGUAAGUUUGAGGCAGAGCUCCGUGAAGAGAAAGAAGAGAAGCAGAGGAUGGAAGAGGAGAAAGCACGACGGGCCGCAUUCAAAGAGCUUCAAUCUGCAUUUACCUCCUGAACAUGCAUGCACGAACACACACACACACACACACACACACACACACACACACACACACACACAUACACACAUACACACACAAGGCGUACCUCCUACUGAUGAACACAGAAGCACAGCUGUAAAGCCUCACUGUAACUGUAGCUAAAGUAACUCACACACACACAUACAGUACACACACACACACACACACACACACACACACACACACACACACACACAGCUUUAAAGGUGUGAGCUUCCUAUUUUACUCCGACUAGCUCUAUUUUUGAAAUAAUAUUUAAUAUAAGAGAGUACUUUAGUAUAUAACGAUAUUAAUGAAGGAAUAUAUAACAAUAUAAUUAAAAAACAAUAUAUAUAUAUAUAUAUGAAUAUUUAAAUCAGGUCGCAUGCUGAGCGACUUUGUGACAUCAUCAUGACAUCAGGUUUAGGGAAAUGUUUUUUUAUUUAUUUGUUUUUAGAUUUUUUUUAAUCAUGACCAACUUUCAUAAUGUAAUAGAUUUUUCUUAAAUUGUAUUUUUUUUCCUUAGCAUGUCUUAAAAUCCAUUAACAAUAAAGUCUGUUAUUACACGA